AUGAAGAUGCUGCAGCCUCUCUGGGACCUCCUGCGGGGACACUCGUCCCUCCUGCUGUCACCCCUGUUCCCUGUGCUCUUCUCCCUGGGGGGCUACCUCACCUGCUGCCUGCCCUACCUGCUGCUGGACCUGCUGGCCCUCAGGUGGGCCUCGCUGCGCAGGUACAAGCUGCAGCCUCAGAGCUCCGUCAGCUGGGCCUCAGUGCGGAGCUGCCUGUCGCUGACACUCUACAACCACCUGGUGUUCCUGCUGCCAAUCAUGUGUCAUCUGGAGGAGCCUCAGCUGGAGGAGCCUCAGGUGGAGGAGCAGCCUCAGCUGGAGGAACCUCAGCUGGAGGAGCCUCAGCUGGAGGAGCCUCAGGUGGAGGAGCCUCAGGUGGAGGAGCAGCCUCAGCUGGAGGAGCCUCAGGUGGAGGAGCCUCAACUGGAGGAGCCUCAGGUGGAGGAGCCUCAGCUGGAGGAGCCUCAGGUGGAGGAGCCUCAGCUGGAGGAGCCUCAGCUGGAGGAGCCUCAGGUGGAGGAGCCUCAGGUGGAGGAGCAGCCUCAGCUGGAGGAGCCUCAGGUGGAGGAGCCUCAACUGGAGGAGCAGCCUCAGCUGGAGGAGCCUCAGGUGGAGGAGCCUCAGGUGGAGGAGCCUCAGCUGGAGGAGCCUCAGGUGGAGGAGCCUCAGGUGGAGGAGCCUCAGGUGGAGGAGCAGCCUCAGCUGGAGGAGCCUCAGGUGGAGGAGCCUCAACUGGAGGAGCAGCCUCAGCUGGAGGAGCCUCAGGUGGAGGAGCCUCAGGUGGAGGAGCCUCAGCUGGAGGAGCCUCAGGUGGAGGAGCCUCAGCUGGAGGAGCCUCAGGUGGAGGAGCCUCAGCUGGAGGAGCCUCAGCUGGAGGAGCCUCAGGUGGAGGAGCCUCAGGUGGAGGAGCAGCCUCAGCUGGAGGAGCCUCAGGUGGAGGAGCCUCAACUGGAGGAGCAGCCUCAGCUGGAGGAGCCUCAGGUGGAGGAGCCUCAACUGGAGGAGCAGCCUCAGCUGGAGGAGCCUCAGGUGGAGGAACCUCAGGUGGAGGAGCAGCCUCAGCUGGAGGAGCCUCAGCUGGAGGAACCUCAGGUGGAGGAGCCUCAGCUGGAGGAGCCUCAGGUGGAGGAGCCUCAGCUGGAGGAGCAGCCUCAGCUGGAGGAACCUCAGGUGGAGGAGCCUCAGCUGGAGGAGCCUCAGGUGGAGGAGCCUCAGCUGGAGGAGCCUCAGCUGGAGGAGCCUCAGCUGGAGGAGCCUCAGGUGGAGGAGCCUCAACUGGAGGAGCAGCCUCAGCUGGAGGAGCCUCAGGUGGAGGAGCCUCAGGUGGAGGAGCCUCAGCUGGAGGAGCAGCCUCAGCUGGAGGAGCCUCAGGUGGAGGAGCCUCAGCUGGAGGAGCAGCCUCAGCUGGAGGAACCUCAGGUGGAGGAGCCUCAGCUGGAGGAGCCUCAGGUGGAGGAGCCUCAGCUGGAGGAGCAGCCUCAGCUGGAGGAACCUCAGGUGGAGGAGCCUCAGCUGGAGGAGCCUCAGGUGGAGGAGCCUCAGCUGGAGGAGCAGCCUCAGCUGGAGGAACCUCAGGUGGAGGAGCCUCAGCUGGAGGAGCAGCCUCAGCUGGAGGAGCCUCAGGUGGAGGAGCCUCAGGUGGAGGAGCCUCAGGUGGAGGAGCCUCAGCUGGAGGAGCCUCAGGUGGAGGAGCCUCAGCUGGAGGAGCCUCAGGUGGAGGAGCCUCAGGUGGAGGAGCCUCAGGUGGAGGAGCCUCAGCUGGAGGAGCCUCAGGUGGAGCAGCCUCAGCUGGAGGAACCUCAGGUGGAGGAGCCUCAGCUGGAGGAGCCUCAGCUGGAGGAGCAGCCUCAGCUGGAGGAACCUCAGGUGGAGGAGCCUCAGCUGGAGGAGCCUCAGGUGGAGGAGCCUCAGCUGGAGGAGCCUCAGGUGGAGGAGCCUCAGCUGGAGGAGCAGCCUCAGCUGGAGGAACCUCAGGUGGAGGAACCUCAGGUGGAGGAGCCUCAGGUCAGACCCUCAGACCCUCAGAUCCAGGUCAGACCCUCAGACCCUCAGAUCCAGGUCAGACCCUCAGACCCUCAGAUCCAGGUCAGACCCUUAGACCCUCAGAUCCAGGUCAGACCCUCAGACCCUCAGAUCCAGGUCAGACCCUCAGACCCUCAGAUCCAGGUCAGACCCUCAGACCCUCAGAUCCAGGUCAGACCCUCAGACCCUCAGAUCCAGGUCAGACCCUCAGAUCAAGAUCAGACCCUCAGAUCAAGAUCCUUAGAUCCAGAUCAGACCCUCAGAUCCAGGUCAGACCCUCAGAUCCAGGUCAGACCCUCAGAUCCAGGUCAGACCCUCAGAUCCAGGUCAGACCCUCAGAUCAAGAUCCUUAGAUCCAGAUCAGACCCUCAGAUCCAGGUCAGACCCUCAGAUCCAGGUCAGACCCUCAGAUCCAGGUCAGACCCUCAGAUCCAGAUCAGACCCUCAGAUCCAGGUCAGACCCUCAGAUCAAGAUCCUUAGAUCCAGAUCAGACCCUCAGAUCCAGGUCAGACCCUCAGAUCCAGGAUUCAUUUCCUCAGAGCAGGAAGUGA